AUGAAAUACAUCACAAUACUUAGCCCACUAGACCAGUUCGAAAUUAGGAACUUAUUUAGUAUUGAUACACCAUUAUUAGCAAACAUGAACCUAUCUAUAACUAAUAUAGGGUUGUACCUGACUAUUGCUGCUUUCAUUACUUUCUAUUUUAGUAUUUUAGCAACUAACCACUCUAAAAUAACUCCAAACAAAUGAUCUUUAAGUCAAGAAACACUAUAUGCAACUAUACAUGGUAUUGUUGUAAGCCAAAUUAAUAAUAAAAAUGGUCAAGCUUACUUUCCAUUUAUGUAUGCAUUAUUUAUUUUCAUUUUAAUAAACAAUCUAAUAGGAAUGGUUCCUUACAGUUUUGCCUCAACAUCUCAUUUUAUCUUAACAUUCUCACUUAGUUUUACUGUUGUAUUAGGUGCAACAGUUUUAGGAUUCAAAGAGCACGGAUUAAAAUUCUUCUCUUUAUUUGUUCCAGCUGGUUGUCCUUUAGCAUUACUACCUUUACUUGUAUUAAUUGAAUUUAUCUCAUACUUAGCUAGAAACGUAUCUUUAGGAUUAAGAUUAGCAGCCAACAUAUUAUCAGGUCAUAUGCUUUUAAAUAUCUUAAGUGGAUUUACAUACAAUAUUAUGAGUUCUGGUAUCAUUUUCUUUAUCCUAGGAUUAUUACCAUUAGCCUUUAUAAUUGCAUUCUCUGGAUUAGAAUUAGGUAUUGCCUUUAUACAAUCACAAGUAUUUGUGGUAUUAUCUUGUUCAUAUAUUAAAGAUGCUCUGGAAUUACAUUAAAGAUUAACUUUUUUUUCAUAUAUUUUUUUUUUUAUUUAUACCUCUUUAAUUAUUUAUCUAUUAAAGAUGCUCGG